AUGAAUAACCAGGAAAUAGAAAGAGGUGUCAAUAAUUUCCCUGAACUAGGAACUUAUGAAUAUUCUAAAUCAAUACUUUUUAAUGAUGUCAAGAACCCUAAAAAAAGAGCCAAUUGCCUGUUAAGAGAGUAUCAAAAAGAUUUAGCGGAUUUAGCCGAACAUUAUCAAGAAAUUAAAGAAAUUGAGUUUGAAUAUGAGGAGCAAGAAAGAGGCAAUAAGGAUAUUCACAAGGAGGAUUUAUUGAGAAAGAUAAUAGGAAAAUUGGAGCGAGAAAUUAAUGUUAAGGAUCGGGCUAUUGAAGCUUUGGAAAAAGCUACUCCGGCCGGUUAUUUUAAGUUACUACGAGAACAUGAGAAGUUACAAAAAGAUUAUCAAAAUUUAGGCAAGAAGUGUUUAGACAUACUGAAAUUUCAUAAUUUUUCCUCUGAUUUUGAUGAAUUGGGCAAUUUAAGUCAGGCUUUUGCGGAGGCUAAGACGGAGAUAAUUAGUUUAACCGGGGAAAAAGAAGCGGUGACUGAGGAAAAAAGCGAACUAAUCGCCAAUCGCAAUAAUUUAGAAAACGAAGUUAAUGAUUUAAUAGGAACCGAGUGGGAAUUAUUAGAUUUCCGAACCAAGUUUUUGGCUUUAGAAACUUUUUAUAAUCAAGCUGGCUUGCCGAAAUUAUGA